ACAUGACAUCCGCCCUGGCACAAGGUGCACAACUCCUCCCACCUCCAUCAUCCUGUCCGUUCCGUUUUGUUUACCAUAUUUGAAGCCCGUUUGUAUACCCAUAUCGCUUCUGUCCGUCGCCCACUUCUUGGAUACACAUAUUGCUACUGCAAAUCACUUGGAUCAACACGGCGCCAGAGAUCGCGCCCUUUUCGUGUUUCGUCGCGUUCCGUUUUGUUGUUGUCGACAAAGAUAUCGAUCAAGCUUGUCUCAAGCUUGUCGCCAGCGCCAGGGUCAUCGUCAGGACGAUAUUGUUGUCGACUUGGACGAUUGUGUCGGCCGGUCCAAGCUGGCAUUUGUUUGCUGCCGCCGAAAGAGACGUCCAGCUUUCACUCUCACUCUCGUCCUCGCCCUCGCCCUCGCUCUCACCGCCAGCCAUCAUGAGAGACGCAACCACCCCUCCGCCGCCCUCUGCGCCUCUCAGAACUCCUCCUACCCCUAAACACGGUGCUGGCUAUCAUUCCUACGACCCCUACUCAGUUCCUAGAAGGUCUCAGAGAGUCUUGCUGUCGCACAAGAACAACGACAAGGACACAAAGGCUGCUCAAUCCUCCUUCUCGUCCCAAAAGUCCACCCUUUCGCGCACCGAAUCAUCACACACACUCUCGCCUCCUUCCUCGCCAGCUGUCCACCUCCCUACACACCAGCAAACUCCUGCGCGACUCACUCCUGCACGUCAAUCGCUCUUUACGCGCAACAGACCUGCCAACACAAACAACAACAACACGCUUUCUGACGUGUUUCCCACCCAUUCCUCCUUCCCAACCCCCGUUUCAAUGGUUGCCACCCAUCACAAGACUCCUCGCAAGCUCGACGCUGCUGCUCUGAAGUCGACUGCGCGCAUCCUCAACUUCAAGCCCACUACCACCAAGGCUCCAAUGAUCGCCCGCAAGAAGGCCAAGUCCCGUCUCACUCUUGACGAGGACGAUGUCCAUGAGGACGUCAACAUCUUCACCGAUGUCCAGGACCGCGUCCCAGCCAUCGACACCACCGAGGACAAUCCCUUCGUUGGUCCCAGAUGCACCACUCGCGCUUCGACUGCUCCUCCAUCAUCCAUGGAUGUCGACAUGGACGAUGCCCACACCAAGAAGAUGGGCAUGUUCUAUGUCUUCCGCGGCAAGAAGAUAUGGCGUACUUACGACGACAAGAACGGUGAGGACGCUGCCGACUCGGACGCCUCUACCGGCUCCAACGACAGUCUCAAGCGUCAGGCCGGCGCCGCUGCCUCCCGCCCUCUGACCCGCACCAAGUUCGUGCCUCGUCUGCUCUUUCCCCCCGCCGCCAGCGACAACGACGCCGAUGAGGAGGCCAUGACCGAUAUCGAGGAGGAGAUCAAGCCCAUCCCUACUCCCGCUCUCUUCGGCGCCGCCGUCCAGGCUAAGAAGACUCCCUCCAAGAGAGUUGGCGCUCACCCUGCCACCCCUCCCUCCUCUCACCGCCAGCUCCGCUCGGCUGCUGAGCAGAUCUCGGUCUUUGAAGGUCCUCACCAUGACCUGAACCACGUCCUCAGCUCGCCCUCGGCCACUCCUAUGCCCAAGAGGGUGGCCUCGCCUCCUCUCUUCGCUGGCUGGUCCCGCGCCAAGGAUGCUGACGAGAAAGCCCCUCGUGGCCCUCGCGGUGAGAAGCGUCAUCGCGUUACCAUGUCAGAGCCCGAUGUGCCCGCUAAGCGCGCCCGCAACAGCCUCUUCUCUGACAGUCAUUGAUCGACCGCCGCCAAAUCAACUUCAUUUCAAUCAUCGUCUUUUCUGUUUUUUCAGUCUUCACUGUUCUUCUGCAUUGCGAAACGCAUAGCGCGUAUGGAAAUCGGGAGUUUAUGGGUUUGGUCAGUGCAAGUUUGGGUUGUUUCUACAUCCUUCACUUCCUGAUCUAUGGCGUUUACGAGAUUAACGCAUGGCAUCUUUCUGCACUUUGCACCUUUCUGCAUGGUACAGCUGUCUUUCGAAGAGGAGGACAACAUCUUUGUGUGCACCCGUCAUGUUUUCCUUUCCUUUUCUGAUAUCCAACCAUCCCUCAUUCUGCUGAUUGAGGGCUUAGAUAGUCUACAAAGAUGCGAUCCUGUAAUAUACCCUGCCAUAUAGGCAUACAGCGAUCGUACAUCAUGAAAUGAAAUCAUCAGUUGUGUUAACAC